AUGUCACGCGACAGGAACGGAAUAUUGAUUUCCGUUUCGUCAGUUUACGCAGAUGUGAAUCAAACUCGUGGGCCAUCAUGGUACGACCAUAAGAAUUUUGAACCAACUUGGAAUUCACCUGAAAAUUAUGCAUUAAUCAAGAAAGUCGGCCGAGGAAAGUAUUCAAUUGUAUUCAAAGCAAUUCAUAAUCGAAGAACAGAGUGUGCGAUUAAAAUUUUAGUGCCUCUAGAUCCAAAACGUUAUAAUAGAGAAAUAAAAAUAUUGACAAAUUUAAAAGGAGAACGAAAUAUAUUACAACUUUACGAUUUAAUUAAAGAUCCUGUGACAGGUGUUUAUUCGUUUGUUUCUGAAUGGGUCGAAUUUUAUGAUUGGAGAAGUCUUUAUUCCUCAUUUUCAAUAGAUGAUAUCAGAUUAUAUAUGUACAAACUUAUAGAUGCGCUUGAUACUUCCCAUUCUCAUGGAAUUAUGCAUAGAGAUAUAAAACCGCAAAAUAUUGCCAUCGAUAAAGAGCAUCAUAGGCUCAGAUUACUAGAUUGGGGUCUUGCAGACUUUUACCAUCCAAAACAAGCAUAUAAUUCCCAUGUUGCUACUAGAGUUUUUAAACCUCCUGAAUUAUUAUUUGCAUAUCCUUACUACGAUUAUUCUAUGGAUAUUUGGUCGGCUGGUCUUACUUUGUCGAUCAUGAUGUUCAAGAGAAUACCUAUAGAAUGCGGUGAAGAUGAUACUGAGCAAUUAUUAAAAGUUGCAGAACUCGUAGGCGGAAAAGGAAUCAUCGAAUACGCAGAUAGUCUUGGUAUGAAGCUUGAAGAAUCUACUAAGAACGCUCUACUUAAAAAGAGAGGAACAGGAUGGCAAAAACAUGUUGCAAAAGCUUCUCCUGACCUUUGUCCACCAGAUGCUGUUGAUUUGCUACAGAGAAUGACAGCAAUUGAUCAUCGCCAAAGAGUUACAGCUCAUGAUGCUUUGAAACAUCCUUUCUUUAAGCCUCUUUUCAAAUGA